CACGUUUACCACCAUGUGUUUCCUGUAGCGACUAGGCAUGAGAAUGUGUGUAAACACCAACUUCGGUUGCAUCAGGGAAAAAAAAAAAAACAAUAACAGUAUUUACUAUUCAAUAUUAUAUAUAACCGCUUGAAAAUGCUCCUGUUUUGUCCAACCUGUGGGAAUGUGUUAAUCGUGGAAGAGGGGCAGAGAUGCUUCAGAUUCGCGUGUAACACAUGUCCAUAUGUGCACAACAUCACGAGGAAGGUGAAUAACAGAAAUUACCCCAAACUGAAGGAGGUUGAUGAUGUUCUCGGGGGCUCUGCUGCUUGGGAAAAUGUGGAUUCCACUCCAGAACCUUGUCCAAAAUGUGAGCACCCAAGGGCCUACUUUAUGCAGAUUCAGACUAGAUCUGCUGAUGAACCAAUGACAACCUUCUACAAGUGCUGCAAUCUACAAUGUGGGCAUCGUUGGAGAGACUAAAUCAGAGACCUUAGUUUUGGGCUUUGUUUGAGGCUCAGAAUAUGUGCUCAUAAUAGAAAAUUUGGUUUUCUUUAGAAGAUUUUUAUAUUUAUUUGUUGGAGCCAAAACUACCAUUUAUUAAAAACAACAGACAGCCUUUAUGCAUCAUCUACUUUAUUUUCACUAUUACAGAAUGUUAAUGUAUCAUUAUGAUGACUGGCCUGAUGACUGAUUUUUUUGUGUGUGUGUGUGUGUGUGUGCAAGUAAUAAAAUGACUACUCGUAUAUGACACAGUUUAUCUUUUUAUUUGUUCAAAUAAUCAGUCCAUAAGUUUUAUUUUACAUACACAUUUGAGACUUGAGUUGAGCAUGGCAUCUGGUGUAGUGUCAUAUACUAUUCUCAAGGCAUCUAUCUACAGCUGCAUUCAUGUAACACAAGCUUGACAUCUAUUGUCUGCAACAGCAUUAAGUCACUUCACAAAGCAAGUAGACCUACGUAGUCAAGAGCAUAUUCAAUUAAAGGGAGCCAGACAGGAUAGUGCAAGUGAAUCCCAUGAUCAUGCAUGCAUAUUUACUGGAGAUUAUCUUCCAAUAAUCAAACACAUCAUGUAGUUUUUGCGAAUGAUGGAGAGGUAUCUUGAUGAUGUUACAGGUCAUGGGUGAUGGAAUCAAAUAAAGCCAGAUAGGAUGAGGUAAUUUUUUCAGUCAGAAAAUAGUACAUUGGAAUUUCUGCUGGAUAUUUUGAAAUCGGAACUGAAUGUGGUUAAAAUUAUUUUUGUAAUGCCUGCAUAUGCAAUAUAGAGCAAAUGUGCAAAUGCUAUAAAAAUGCAGUGUUCCUUGGACAGAUCUGAUUAAAAAGAUCAUAUACAAUGAGACAGCCGGUUUAUAUGCAUUUACAGACAGAUUGCUACAUGUUUUCCCUUUUGUGUUAAAUAGUACAAUGGAAAGACGUAAAGUCUUGAUUGUGAAAUAGCUAUAAUGUUGGCAGAUUGUCUACCAGAGAUAUAACACAAUUAUUAUCUGAAUCUUCAUUUAAAACUACACUAUGUAACAUUUUUGAUGGGGAAAACAAAUAUUACUAAAGAGUGAGUGCAAACCAUGUCCUUUAUUCACCCAAAAACAACUUGAUCACCCUAUAAUAAUUAUUUCUAUUUUAGAGCUGUCGGGACGGAUUUUGCGGGAAAUUGCAUAUAUCCGUACAUAGAGAAAAUAUUCGCGUUUAUGUUGUGGGAGAAGCGUGAAGCUGAAACUUUGUUGUCACAACGAACGAGAAAAAUGACCAUGGAUCAUUCAAAACGGGAAAUCGCCAUUGUAAAACCAAAGAAACCCCGCACACCGAUACAGCGGUGCGUCAAACUACAUUCAUCCACGUAGAGGAGCAAAGCCGAAGCACAACCAAAACAAUGUUACUCCGCAAAACGCGUGCAGGUUUAUUUUUUUUAAACCGCUACAGGCCCAAACGUUACUUAGUGUAGUUUUAAACAAAAGAUGAAAAACAAACGUCUCAAUAUUGAGAUAUAUAGUGUCUUAGCACUGCUGAUGUUGUACCUUUCGUACCAUUUCAGCAGUAAAUCACAUGUUUGAAAAGAACAAAAUGAAUUGAAAAUUUACAAUUUCACAGGCAGGACAAACAGCUAUGCAGAAAUAGCCCUAAACCAAAUAAAGGAAACUCUUUGGAUGAUUCCAUUAAAAUUACAAUCACAAUCUGACCACACACACUCUCUCUCUCACACACACACACACACACACACACACACACACACACAAAAGGAAGAUCAGGACAAUCAUCCUUUAAAUCCUUGUGGCCUGCUGCACACAGUAUUAAUAAGCGAAGGGUUAAUCUGCUUUGAGUUAUGAAGCCCAGUGCAGCAACCAGCACAGUGUGACACACUGAGGGCACAUAUGGCCCGAUAGAGCGCUAUGCAAGAUUACAGUGAUGGCAUGCAGCGUCCUUCAUCAUGCUGGUGAACUCCAACAGCAAAGCAGCUUUGAACAGCCUUUACCAAAAAUGUCUUCCCUUUUUGAAGAUGACGACUUCACUACAUCAAGUAGAAAUUAAGAAAUAAUGCAACGUCCACUUCUAAACAUGUUUUUCAGCAGUACUGGCCAGAAUAACUGUUAAAGGGCGCUGAUCUGUAAUUAUAGCUGUUUAUAUACCAAUCUGAGUAUCAGCAAACACAGAUCUACAUUAUUAAUGGUUAAUAAACUGAACUGAAUAACAGAUGAUAGUUUACAGAAGUCUCAAACAGCUUACUGACAACACAGAACAGCUAGUAUAGUGGUUUGAAAAGCACCGUGGCUAUACUUUUGAUUCACAGUUCUAAAAAAA